AUUUCUCGCGCUCCGUCGCCCCCCCACCCCGCUCCCUCCUCCUCCUCCCUCCCCCUCCGCUACGCGAUGGUGACGCGCAUUGGAGCGGGGGCUAUGGUCCAGCGUAGAUCCUCAAAACCUCGGAGCGACCCCAGCAGCUGAACAAGACGGGAGGCGAGACGACACCCAGAGCCGGGCUCCAGGACCCGGAGCGACAGUCGCAAGGACAGCGGCACCCAGGCGGAGACGAGGCGUGAACCCGCAGCGCGCGCGCCUGCUGUUCUCUCGCGGUAUCUUCACCCUCUCCUCUCGACCCGUCACAUCAUCCGUCACCUGCUGUCAUCUCCUCACUCGCCUCCCGAAAUCUCCGAUCACCCCCCCCCCCCCCACGCUCGCCUCCUCUCUCGUCUCGCGGUCCUCAACUCCCGUAUUUCCCUCCUCUUCCUCCAUCCACAUCGUCCGUCAUCCCCCUCGCUGCCCCCGCUGCGAGGUUCCACGAUGAGGGGGGGCAGCACGCGAAGCGCCCUGCACACUGCCCGCCUGCUGGGCUGCCUGGCCCUGGCGUGGUGGAUCCCCACGGAGGCCUCCCCCGGCGCAAGGCAGAACGUGAACGCAAGGCAGUACGUGAACGAGUGGGCAGUGCAGAUCGAGGGGGGCCCCCACGUCGCGUCCGCCCUGGCUGACGAGCUGGGAUACCGGCUACUGGGCCAGAUCGGGGCGCUGGACGACCACUACCUCCUGCAGAGGCGCGACCUCCCGCGGAGGGUGAGGAGGGGCACUCAGGAGCACACGGAGCGCCUCUCCAGCGACCACCGGGUGAAGUGGGUGGAGCAGCAGUACCACAAGGAUCGCUCCAAACGCGCGCCCCCCCGCGCGCCCCCCGCGCCCUGCCCCCACUGCUCCCCCGUGGACAUGUUCGACGACCCCCUGUGGUUCAAGCAGUGGUACCUGCAGGACACGCGGAGGGACCGCUCGCUGCCCAAGCUGGACCUGCACGUGAUCCCCGUGUGGCGAGCGGGGAUCACGGGCCGUGGGGUCGUGGUCACGGUGCUGGACGAUGGCCUCGAGUGGAACCACACGGACAUCCGCGGCAACUACGACCCCGACGCAAGCUACGACUUCAACGACAACGACCCAGACCCCUUCCCCCGAUACGACAUCACCAACGAGAACAAGCACGGCACCCGCUGCGCCGGUGAAAUCGCCAUGCGUGCCAACAACGGCAAGUGUGGCGUCGGGGUGGCCUUCAACGCCCGCGUGGGAGGGAUCCGCAUGCUGGACGGCAUCGUGACGGACGCCAUCGAGGCGAGCUCCAUCGGCUUCAACCCGCAGCACGUGGACAUCUACAGCGCCUCCUGGGGCCCCAAUGACGACGGCCGCACCGUGGAGGGGCCCGGCCGUCUGGCGCGCAAGGCCUUCGAGCACGGCAUACUCCGGGGUCGCGGUGGGAAGGGCUCCAUCUUCGUGUGGGCGUCGGGGAACGGGGGUCGGCAGGGAGACAACUGCGACUGCGACGGCUACACGGACAGCGUGUUCACCAUCUCGGUGAGCAGCGCCUCGCAGCGCGGCCUCUCGCCCUGGUACGCCGAGAGGUGCUCCUCCACCAUGGCGACGGCCUACAGCAGCGGCGACUACAGUGACCAGCGCAUCGCUAGUGCUGACCUGCACAACACGUGCACCGACACCCACACGGGCACCUCGGCGUCGGCGCCGCUGGCGGCCGGGAUCUUCGCCCUCGCGCUCGAAGCCAACCCGGCGCUCACCUGGCGAGACGUGCAGCACCUGGUGGUGUGGACGUCAGAGUACGACCCGCUGGCCAACAACCCCGGCUGGAAGCGCAACGGCGCGGGCCUCAUGGUCAACAGCCGCUUCGGGUUCGGGCUCCUCAACGCCAAGGCGCUGGUGGAGCUCGCGCAGCCCGCCACGUGGCGUCACGUGGCGCCCGCCAGGGCCUGUGUCGUCACAGACGACCGGUUCACGCCCAGGUGGCUGGGUAACGGGCGUGAGGUGUCCGUGGAGAUCCCGACGCGGGGCUGCGAGGGACAGGAGAACGAGAUUCGAUCCCUGGAGCACGUGCAGCUGGAGACGACUCUGGAGUACACGCGGAGGGGAGACCUCCACAUCACGCUCACCUCGCCCACGGGCACGACCACGGCGCUGCUGGCGGAGCGCGAGCGCGACGCGUCUCGUGAUGGCUUCAAGGGCUGGCCCUUCAUGUCGGUGCACACGUGGGGAGAGAAUCCAGUGGGGACCUGGACCCUCACCAUCACCGACCGAUCCGGGCACGUGGAGAACGAGGGCCGCGUGGUGGCCUGGCGCCUCGUGCUGCACGGCACGGCCGCGCGCCCCGCCCACAUGGCGGCCCCCCGCCUCUACAGCGCCUACAACGCCGUGCAGAACGACCGGCGCGGGGUGGACGCCUCGCCCGAGGACGCCGCCUCGUGGGGCUCCACGGGCGUCACCUCGUCCUUCCCCGCCUCCGAGUCGGCGGAGCGCAACGAGGUGGACGAGGAGGUGGCGGGCGACGACGGCGGCGACGGCGACGAGGUGGCGAAGGCGGACGACGCGGACCCGCGGCACGGCUCGCGGCUCCCGCCGUACUUCGUCGCGCCGGACGAGGUGGAGCGGCUGCUCGGCCUCUCGGCGGGCGGGCGGCGGCAGGGCGGCCACGACGAGGUGGAGGACGAGGUGGACGACGAGGUGGACGACGAGGUGGAGCGAGCGGAGCUGCACCGCCUGCGCGGAGACCCGGGCCGGGCGGACGCGGCGAGGGCCAUCGCACGGCUGCUCGCGAUGAGAGGGUGACGGUGGGGGCGGCGGGACCAGGGGCCGUCCUCGUCUCACCUCGUCUACCACGCACGACGACGCGGUCGGCACAGAGGCCGGGGAGGAGGGAGCGAGGGGGAGCGAGGAGGGAGCGAGGGGGAGCAAUGGGGGAGCCACGGGGGAGCAAUGGGGGGGCGAGGAGGAGCGAGGGCCGAUUGCAGGCACACGACUCGGAUAGAGAUGGGGGCAGGGCUGGUGAGGCCUCGUGUGGUGAGGGAAAGGGCGAGUGUCGUGAGGGUUGGUGUGGUUAGGGGCAGGGAUAGUGUGGUUAGCGGUAGGGAUAGUGUGGUUAGGGGCAGGGAUAGUGUGGUUAGGGGCAGGGCUGGUGUG